AUGGCUCUAUGCAAUAUCUUUUGGUGGCUCAAGAAGCCGCGAUCCUCCGCUCCUAUGCCGGACUUGCCAUUGCAAAUAGUUGACGCGGCUGUACUGCCGCCGUCGAUCGCUGAUGAUCCUCCUCCACCGAAGGAAACUCGGAACGACUUUGAGAUAGCGCUCGGUCGAUUGGCCUCAACCAGUUGGAACGGCUUCAAAGUCCUCAUCAAAGUCCUUCACGAAGCGUCGGGCGCAUUCCCGCCGCUUGACGCGACAGUAGGAGGGCUUGUCGCGUUGCUAGAUAUAUACGACCGCACGAAAGAUAACUACGGCUGGAUGAAUGAAACUAUGCAGCGCAUCGAUCGCUUGCUCGUUAUCUUAGCCAAGCGCUUGGAGGGGGAGAAGGACAGUACGUCUUCUCCGGUGACAGAGGGAUAUGUCGCAACUUUGCAGGAGGAGUUUGUGAAGAUUCAGGGACUAAGCGCCAGGUCUGGAUUCUCCCGAGCGGUCGCAAGCGAAGAUGAUGCGGCUGAACUGAAGAGAUGCUGUGAUGCAAUAGCGAAUACGAUGCUAGAACUACAGUUGGAACUAGGUCUGUCGGUGGAAAGGAACACUCGUGUUCUUAUUCAGGAGAAGGUCUUGCAAGAUCUUCCUCGGGCACGGGCCGCAUCGUUCACAGCUGCCACCUCUGCUGGUGUAUCCCGACGCAGUUGUACCGCAGGGACGCGCAUACGUAUCCUGCGAGACAUACUUGACUGGGUACACGACCAGGAUCCAGAAUCCCCCGCUAUAUUUUGGCUCUCUGGCUUGGCUGGUCAGGGAAAGACUACGAUUGCCCAUACAAUCUGUGAACGUCUGGAAGCUGAUACAAAGACUGCUUCAGUAAUCUCUUUCUUCUGCUCUCGUCAACUGGACACUCGCGGCGAGGCGGUGUUAGUCUCCACCCUCGCAUUUGAGCUUGCUGAAGCAUCUGCGUCUUUUGCUGUGGAACUCGUUAACGCUCUCAGACAAGACCACGAUCUCGGACAGCAAAGGAUCGAAGUUCAGAUGAAGAAGCUCCUUGUUGGCCCAUGGGCGAAGAGCACUAGUCAUCGCGACGAUUUGCCCCCGAUCUUGAUCAUCGUCGAUGCGUUGGAUGAGAACGACGUUGGUGUCAGAUUUGCCGAGCUUCUUCUUUCAACUCUAGGGGCCUGUCCGCUACCGGGCCUCCGUUUCGUUCUUACGAGUCGACCUGAAAUGGCUUUCGAGCAUGCAUUUGCUCGCAGUACAUCAGUUCAUGUUCGCCGUAUGGACAUCAAUAGUAUGGUGGGAACGGACGAUCGCACCAUUCUCGACGAAGACAUAUUGCACUACCUCGAGGAGGUGCUUCCUCGCCACUGCGGCACGGCCCAUCUUGAAGCACUUGCUGGUGUUUCUUCGGGACUCUUCGUCUAUGCCGCCACGGCUGUUGCAGCGAUCAAGCCGGACCCGUAUGAUUCACAGAAGACUCUUCAAGAGGAGAAGGAAGAAAUUGUGCUCAUCACGGGAUACGGCCACGCAGUAGCCAGUAGAGGCGAUCGAGGUGCUAUUCUCGAUGGUCUUUAUGAGGGGAUCAUAUCUAAAGCAUUCGGUCGCCUCUCUUCUGAGCAGAAGCAACGCAGGAUGCAUGUAAUCUUCACGUGUAUUGUCGCCUUAAGAGCCGGGCCUAUAAGCAGGACUGUGCUGAGUGAACUGGCGGGUGUGGGAGAAGAACUCGCAGGGAUAGUCCUUGGAUCACUACAAGCUGUGUUAUACACGGAUCAGGAGCAACAUCUACUAUGCUACCACAUCUCAUUUGAGGAAUAUGUGCUAGGGAGCUUCUCAGAUGCCUUUCGGAAACAUUCGAUGUUCCUUCUGGUCCAGCAAUGUUGCAACACAAUCGCACCCGUCCAUGCCUCGCUGCAACUUCCGACGGUCUUGAUAGUAGCGCUAAAAAACUUGCCGGAAUGUGAGGUGGCAUUGCCAGAUGCAGUAUUCUCUGUGGCAGAGUGGCUGGCCUGCCGGAUGUACACUCUGGAGCGCAGAAAGGAAGCCAGAUUGGGGGUUUUCCUCGACGUCUUACGUAGGGGCGAUAUACGCCAAAGGUGUGCAGAUUAUUUGGAAUGGUGGCGGGAGCAAAAACAGCACGACGGCACUACUCGCGGAGAGCCCCCUGUGGGCGACACCUAUUCGGAUCCCCCUGUUCGAAUCAAACCUAUCCCAAUGGAGCUUAUGCAGCCAUCUGACCCCGAGAAUCUCGGGACGUCGCGGGCUGUUCUAGUGGGUUCCGAAACGGAUGCAGGCGGAGCUCAGGGCGUGAAUGAUGCCAAAUAG